AUGGUUCACCUCUCCACCGUCCACAAGGACAAGGCCAUCAAAUCCGCCGCCAUUGCGCGGAAGGAGAAUGCCACGACGGAGGCCCAGAACAUGGACAUGUUCACGGCCAGUGUUUACGGAUCGAAGUUUGCAGCUGAAGCUCUGCCCAGUCAUGAGAUGCCAGAGGGCGAAAUGCCAAAGGAGAUUGCUUAUCGUAUGAUCAAGGAUGAGCUAUCGCUCGACGGAAACCCAAUGCUCAACUUGGCAUCCUUUGUAACCACCUAUAUGGAACCGGAAGUCGAACAAUUGAUGACCGAAUCCUUCCCCAAGAACUUCAUUGACUACGAAGAAUAUCCCCAGAGCACAGAUAUCCAGAACCGCUGCGUGUCCAUGAUUGGCCGCCUGUUCCACGCACCAGUUGGCGAAGGAUCCGAUGCUGCGGUUGGCACAUCCACCGUGGGUUCCUCCGAGGCCAUCAUGCUGGCAGUCCUAGCCAUGAAGAAGCGCUGGCAGAAUGCCCGUAAGGCAGCUGGUAAGCCCACGGAUAAGCCCAAUCUCAUCAUGUCAUCGGCGGUGCAAGUGUGCUGGGAGAAGGCAGCAAGAUACUUUGAGGUCGAGGAGAAAUUCGUCUACUGCACGCCAGAGAGAUACGUGAUUGAUCCUGAGGAGACCGUUAAUCUCGUCGACGAGAAUACCAUUGGGAUUUGUGUGAUUCUCGGCACAACAUAUACGGGCGAGUACGAAGACGCCAAGGCAGUCAACGAUCUUCUGGUCAAGAAGAAUAUUGAUACCGUUAUCCAUGUUGAUGCUGCUAGCGGUGGCUUUGUGGCACCAUUUGUGGUACCCGAUCUGGUGUGGGAUUUCAGACUUGAAAAAGUUGUUUCAAUCAAUGUCUCUGGUCAUAAAUAUGGGCUGGUCUAUCCAGGUGUUGGCUGGACUGUAUGGCGAGGACCGGAAUAUCUUCCCAAGGAGCUCGUCUUCAACAUCAACUAUCUAGGUGCCGAUCAAGCUUCUUUCACACUUAACUUCUCCAAAGGUGCUUCUCAGGUUAUUGGACAGUACUACCAGCUGAUCCGGUUGGGCAAGCACGGAUAUCGUGCGAUUAUGACCAACCUCACCCGUAUCGCGGAUUAUCUCUCUAACUGUUUGGAGGGAAUGGGAUUCAUUAUCAUGUCCCAGAAGUCAGGCGCGGGUCUUCCCCUUGUCGCCUUCCGCCUCGACCCCAAGACGAACAAGCAUUACGACGAGUUUGCAAUUGCCCAUCACCUCCGUGAGCGAUCCUGGAUUGUCCCUGCAUAUACCAUGGCACCCCACACCAACCAGCUCAAGAUGUUACGAGUAGUGGUCCGUGAAGAUUUCUCUAGGGCCAGAUGCGAUCAACUCAUCGCGGAUAUCAAGCUCUGCAUGGGAGUGCUCGAUUCGAUGGGUAAAGACUCGAUCAAGAUGCAUAACGACUUGAUUCAAGCUCACCGUACUCACGGAGCCAAGAGACAGCAUCACCUGAACUAUAGCAACGAGAAGCAUAGCCUGCAGGGCAAGACUGGCAAGACACAUGCUCCUUGUUAG